CGUGUACGAAUUUCGGGUAAAAGAGCAGCGUCUUUGAUGAUGUAAAAUUUUACGUUCAUUAGCAGUGGCGAAGACGUCUAGAUCUCUGAAAGAAGUUUUAAACGGUUUUGAUCGCGCUCUCCGCGCGAGCGUUGAAUUCUGCUCGCCGGAUAUCAAGCCAUGGGCAACACAUCUUCAACUUCAGGGAGGCGGAGGACAUACUCUGAUUACCAGUAUCAGCAGAGUUCUGGAAGACCGAAGUCAACACGCUCACGCUAUCAAGCCAUGGACAACACAUCUUGGACUUCAAGGACGUGGGUGCCAUACUCUGAUUAUCAUGAUCAGUAUCAGCAGGGUCUUGAAAGAGCUACACCAGCAUACUCGCGCCACACGGGAGCAGAAUUGGGUUCCUACACACAUAACAGUCAAGCUGGGUCGGUCUAUAUUGGCCGCACAAGACUUGCAGAGCAAUUCCCGUAUAUAUAUCCUAUGUCAAAGAUUACUCUCCCUGCUCUUGGUAAAGUUCUUAUUGCGGAAUGCGGAAACGAAGGUCAACACCCUUACCUAAGCGAAGAAGGAAAAACAACACUGGCGUUUCUGAGAGCUGCAAUCUCUUUCGUUCCCCUCGCCUUGGACGCCGGUGCAGAUAUGCAGAACGCAUCUUUCCUUUUCGCCCAGGCAGGAAUAGAGUUUGCCAUAGUCGCUGGGAAAGGAGACUGGGAGUUUUUUUUCUACCCGGAUUGCAAAGGCGAAAUUUCUGGUCAUUGUGUGCGAAAGCCCUGGCUUCGCUACAUCUGGGAUGGCGUUAAGUCAACUGUUCGCCGUGUUGGCUCGUUCCUCUUGCCAAUUUUUGGUCCUUCGCUUCUUGCUUUGGUAGCUGCAUAAGCAAAUGUACAGUAACUGCAACAUUUUUUAAAAUUUUUGCUGCUGCUUUCAAUAGGCCACGUUCGAUAUAUCAGCAUUCUAACAUGGUUUCGA